CCUUCGCUGUCGUCACUCCCUCAGGUGAGGUCGGUGUGUCGCCCUCUAGUGCUGCGCAUGCGCCACAGCAGCGUCAACAACACAAUGGAGCGACACUGAGCGCGCGCACGUCACAAUUAAGAGUUCACAGUGACAUGAAGGAUGUGUGAGGAAAUCAGCACUUAAUUAAUGAUUCUCGGCGUGUUCAUUCACUGCUGCUGAACAUUUAGAUCUGUGUGCAUCUCAGAUCAGUGUGUGUGAUCGAGAGACUUCAUCAUCAUCAUCAUCAUCCCGCGGAGGACAAAGACACAGAAAUGGGUCACAGCAGCGGCUGAUCUCAUGGGAUCAAAGUUCUGCCUGCCGGAGAUUCACAGCAAGUGUGUGUGAGAGAGAGUGUGUGUGUGUGUGUGAGUGUGUGUGUGAGAGAGAGUGUGUGUGUGUGUGUGAGUGUGUGUGAGUGUGUGUGUGUGUGUGUGUGUGUGUGUGUGUGUGUGUGAUCUGUGAACCCGAAUGACUGGAAGGAAUCAGAUGGAGAUCAGCCUUCACACGCACAACAUCGAUUUCACAAGAGCUGAUGACUGGCUCGAGAUCUUUGGACUUCAGUACUGUUCUUCAGAUAAGCUGUUCUCGCUCAGGUCUGUGAGGACGUCUCUCUUCUCCAAUCCUCCGUCAUGUGCGUCAGCUCUGGGUUCAUCCGGACGGCGGUCCUGCUCGCGUGUGUCGUCCUGCAGGCCCUCGGCGGGACGUUUGACCCCGACAGAGAGACGUGUUACUCUCGGCAGCACCGGGACGUCGCCGUGAACACGCGUGUGGCUCUGGUUCAGAAGGGAACCGUCAUGGAGGCCCGAGCGAAGCCAUCGGAGAAGGACUGCAUCCUGACCUGCUGCUCGGAGGACGUGAGGCCAGGUCUCAGGUGUAACCUGGUGGUGUAUAACCCGCCGCAGCGGCCCGGAGAUCUGAACUGCCACCUGCUCCACUGUCCGAGCGAGAGGGACUGUCCGCUGAAGCCGGCCGGCGCUGGGGUCAACACCUACAACAUAUUCAAGGGUUCAACUCAUCCAACAACUAAAGCAAAUGGAAGAAUAACAGCCAAACCUGCAGCCAGUGAACAGACACAACUGACCACCACACCGACACCGACACCGCCCACAACCACAAACACCACCACACCCACAACUACAACAACGCCUACGACUACAACAAACCCACCCACUACAACAGCACCACCACCCACAAAAUCAACACCCACAACCACCACAACAACACCACAACCCACAACCACCACGACUCCUCCACCGACCACCAGCACUGAAGAACCGCUGACUGAGUCACAGACGCCCGUGAUGCUCGUAACCGUCGCCAUGACGACCGCACCCGCUGCCACGACAACCACCACCACCACACAAUCCACCACAACAACAACAACCACCACCACUAGAAGCACCAGCACUAAAGCGCCGCGGCCGCCCGUCAAACCCAACAGAGGCAGAAAACCCAACAAACCGCCCAGACCAGAAACGCAUUCAGUGAAGCCCGUCAGAACCACUGUCACACACACACCCGCCACUACAACCACCACAACUACUACACCCACAACUACACCCACCACAACCACCACAACUACUACUACAACAACUACUACAACUACUACAACAACCACAACGUCUCCCACGCCUCCACCCGCCGCAGUGCUGGAGACGGAGAGCGAUUCGAAGCGCCGGGGUUUGGGUUCGGUUCCGCUGAAGCCCAAGGUGUCGCGGAUGAUGUGGAAGAACAGCCUGGUGGCCAUCGUGGUGAUCACGCUCAUCUUCCUCGCGCUCAUCCUCGCUCUGGUGGCUCGUAAAGCCAUGGAGUCCUUCGACAGACGCCACUACACCCGCCUGGAGCUCAACGACCUGCACUACGAGGUUUAACACUCUCUGAACACGCUUAGGCUGUUUGGUCCCACGCUUCGAGGAGAGAAAUAAAAAGCAAUACACUGAACUCAGGUCGACGAAGGGAAGACUGAGAUCUCGAUGGUUCUCAGACAAGCGUCUCGUUCUCUCAGUAAACAUCAUUAACGUUCUGUUCUGUUGUGAGAAGCACUUCAGUGUCGUGGCUGUUGAUUUCACAGUGUUGUCGUGUCACAUGACUGCUGGAGACAUUUCCACAUGCAUUUCAUAUUUCCAGUGUAAUGAAGGAGUGUGUGUAGUUUCUGAGCUCGUCCAGGCGGUGGCAGCAGCGGUCAGUCAUUCACAGCAUGCAGCACAUCCAGUUCACUCACUUUCUUUUCAUCUUAUUCUGCUUCGGUAUUUUAUAAUCUGUUAUUAUAUGUUGUUGGUAAUUUUUUUGGUGAGCCUUGGCUUUUACAGACACCUUGAGAUUAAUGUGACUAUUUCUCUUGCAAGAAAUAAAAAGUCUUUUUCAAUA